AUGGGCCCUGGGUCUAUGGGCUCAAUAUGGAUUAUGGAUAUCCAUGCUGGAGAAUCUUUUUCUUCCUUUUUGGUCAUUGUAGUAAAGCCAGGUGGAGUCUAUUAUUUUAGGCUACAUCAUUUGCCCCUCAAGGAGGGUGCCACUUGCUCAUGUGGGGGAGCCUUCUUGUUGUGGUGGCAUGCCACGUGUGCUUGCUUUUUUGGAAGCCUGGUUUUUGCCUUUAAGAUCUUCAGAAAUCGUUGUUUUUCUCUCAUUUGCCUUUUGUUAGUUUUCAAAGAGAUUUCUAGAGAGAAAAAGAGUAAUUUCCCUUCAACGAUCUUCUUGUGUUCGUAUUGAGUGUUCGUGGAUUCUUCGUUCGUUGUUCUUGGAGUUUGGACAAUUUACCUGAUUAUUUCAGCAGUUUGAUCACUCAUUGGUAAGCAUCUUUGUUAACUUCUUGUUUCUGCAUGUUUCUGAAAUUUUACUUUUAUUUUUUAUGCUUUUAUUUCUUGGGGAGGCGUCCUAUCAGUUGCCGCGUCUCUUGUAUCUGGACAGCAUUCCCGUUUUUUAUUUUUCCUCUUUUCUUAAGUCAGACGUCCUGUUCCCUAUGCAGGACGGCAUGGCUCGUGUUAAGCAGACAUCCAAUGUAGGUGCAUGGGGAGCACCACGAGAGGGACAACAGGGUUCCUUUUUCGAACCCGUCCCAAGAAAAUAGGGGUGGAGUUAGUUCUUCCCAUCAUUCAGAAGACGGGGGUUCCAAGGCGGCACGUUCUUCAAGGAGAAGAAAGAUUGUGGCUCGCCGUCCUCGUGUCCCGCGUGAGGAUUUUGAAGAUGAUUCCUCCAGUUCUUCUGACGAGGAGUUUGCAAAAACCCUCCUAUGGUUCGUGGGAAAGAGGAUGUGGAUUUGCUUCCUUCUGACAUCCUUCCCAGCAUGAAAUGGUUGAGGUACUUAAGGGAGCAAGGACGUGACUUCGAGCGUUUCUUGCUCUUGCCUCGUAGUCUUAAUUUUAGGUGCCCUCGUCCCCAUUAUACUGUAGACCGACUUUCUUUGGGAGAGGUUGCUGUUUAUACGGCCGCCUUUAGCUAAGGUCUUAGGUUUCCUCUGCAUCCUUUUGUAUGUAAUGGACGUUUUAGAUGGUUAUGACAUUGGCCUAGUCCAGCUGACCCCUAAUUCUUGGGCGAAUGUCUUCGGUUAUAUCGCCAAGUGUUCGUCGAGUGACGUCACCCCUUCUUUUCCUGGUUUUGUUAGACUUGUAAAUAUCGCUCCUUCUUCUCGUUCUCCCCAAGAAUGGUUCACCCUGUAUAGCCGGCGGGGGUAUAAGACGGUAGUGGGUAAGUCCUCUAGCUGGGUAUGGUGGAGGAAAAAAUGGUCUAUUAUUCGAAUGGAGGACCUCCCUCUUUCAGAGCGUCUUUCACGCUGGAAUUCCCGGCCUCGCUAUUUGUCUAGGGAUGACGCCUAUCCUCGUCUUCUGUCAAGGGAAUGGAGGUUCAUAAAGCCUUUAUUUCAGGCCGAAAUGUAUCGGCUGUCUGCGAAGAGUAACGCGUGGGUGCCCAAUAAUUGGCUUCCCCAUGUGGGUCAGUUCACCAACAUGGUCUUCCUUGCGGCCGUUGGUCUCUACCCUACUUGAAUAGAGGUAGUUUUGUAUUUUAUUUUCCACAAAAGCCUUGUUUUCUUAUCCUUCACUAAUCCCCUUGGUUUGUGUAGAUCUUGCCAUGAGUCGUCUGUCCCCAGAAGACAAGGGUUUGGUGGACGUACCUACCUGGUUGUCCCUGGUGUAUACGGAUGACAUCUUCAAGGCCGUGGAGGCCAAGAAGAAAGAUUCCACAAAGAAAUCCGAUGAGGGUGCUUCUGGUGACGCUUCUAAGGAGCCUACCUCGUCGGCUACGAAGAAGCGUCCUGCCUCUUCGGCGGCAACCCCUAAGCCCAAGCGUUCCUUCUUCAAGAAGUUGGGCACUGCUGAUGCUACUGCGAAGUCGUCGGUGUCGAAGCCGUCAGCCCCUCUGGCUGGGGGAGAGGGAGCCCCUAUUCCUCAAGCGACUAACCUUCCUCCUAAGUCAAAGGAGACGUCUCCAAAGGUGGCUGUCGAUGGAGAUUCCGUGGCCGAAGCGGCCGCUACUGAGGCGGCCACUGAUAAGGUUGAUGUCCCUGGUGCUGCUGCGCCAGGCUACCGCUUCCUCGUCGAGAGAGAGGAAGGGCAAGGAGUCCCAAGAUCCUCCUGUUGGGGACGUAUAAAUGUCUCCGCCGGCUGGUGAUAUGUUCAAACGGAUGAAGCGGGCCGAGGUGGCGAACAUUCUUCCAUCCGGCGGGUUUAGCUCAGUGGAAAAGGAUAAGAUCCUCUCAGCCUUCUACGAUGCAAUUCCCGAGGAGUAUGUGAACUCUCUUCCUGGAAUUGACCUGGGGUACUUUGGGGCCAUGCAGUCCCUCAUACUUGAUGUAAGGGUUUUUUUUUUGAAGUGAAUUAAGUCUGUUUUGGCUCGCGACAACUCUUCAUCCGUUGUGCCGAGGGUAGGCAUUACCGCUUUUACAUGCAUAAGGAGAUGUUGAAGCACAAGGACCAGAUUGCGAAUCAUGAGAAGUAUGCUGAGAAGAAGGCUAGACAGAUCAAUGAGGACGCGGAUGUCCAGAUCAGAUCGGAGACGGAUGCUCUGAGGGAGGCUGAGGAGGAUGCUCGGAACUAUGAAAAGAAGUUGCUGGAGCAUGAGGAGAAGUUGGCCGCUCUAAGGACCACUAGUAGAAAAAACCUCAAGUGCUUGGGGUAAAAUGCCAUCAAGUGCUGGUGAUUAUGCCCCUAUCACUUGAGGGUGAAGCACUUUGCUAUAUUUCAAGUGCUUGGGGUUGACCCCAAGCACUUAACAUGUUAAGUGGGCUGGGGUUCCAGAAACCCCAAGCACUUGACAUGUUAAGUGCUUGAGGUUUACGAAAAACCCCAAGCACUUAACUUCGAAUUUAUGGAAAACCCCAAGCACUUGACAUGUUAAGUGCUUGGGGUUUAAGAAAAGCCCCAAGCACUUGACUUGUGAAGUGCUUGGGGUUUUCAAGAACACCCAAGAACUUGAUAUUAACAAUAUUUUUUAAAUAAAUUCUGCUACUAUCAAAUGCUUGGGGUAUUAAAAAAAAAAAUACCCCAAGCACAUAAUAUUCAUAUUUUUUUUUUGUAAAUUUUGCCAGGCCCGUACCAAAAUAUGUUGUAGCUAUAAACUUGUACCUACAUCAAACAACCUCAUUCAACCACAACGUACAUACUACACACCAAUAAACAUGCCCUUGGCUCAUCCAUACACUAUUCAAUAACACAAGUGGAAAAAAAAUCAAAACAAAUAUCAAACAACGGGUUAAAACAUAUUGUAUCUAAAUUAAUUAAUGGAGAAAAGCAGCUAACUACAGUAUUAGAUUCAUUAUAAUGCUAAAAACGCGAACAAUCAAAGACAUUCAUUAGUAAUAAAUCGUGCCAACUUGUCUCGAACACAUUUUAUUUCAUCAGUCGUGAAGGAACGCUCCCUUAAUUUUUUUAUGAAUACUGGCCUAUAAUCAAAUCCAAAAAAAAAAACACAUUAUAAUCUAGUUAGAAUCAUGAAUAUUGUAAAAUAUAAUAUAAACAUUAUUUUAAAACAAUAAUUGAAUUAUAUGAACAAUUUUGACUUAAAUGGCCGUUUUCGGUUCCAACUCUUAAGUAAUGAACCUAAAUAAGUAUUCCAAACUCUUUACACGUUUAAUAUACUUAAUAUUAGGAUGAUAAAAUACAUUCUCAUCUACUUUGGUCAAUUUAUGCAUAUUUAAGGCUCGUUUGAACGUUAUAGUACAUAUUUUGCCUAUAAUUGUUGUUUUCGCUCCCAACUCUCAACUAAUGAACCUAAAUACGUAUUCUAAGCCUUUUACAUAUUAAAUAUACUUAAUAUUAGGAUGAUAAGACUCAUUCUCAUCUACUUUGGUCAAGUUAUGCAAUUUAAGACUCGUUUGAUCGUUAUAUGACAUUUUUUUACUAUAAUUGUUGUUUUCGCUCCCAACUCUAAAGUAAUGAAGCUAAAUAGGUAUUCUAAGUCCUUUAAAUGUUCAAUAUACUUAAUAUUAGGAUGCUAAGACUCAUUCUCAUCUACUCUGGUCAAGUUAUGCAAUUUAAGGCUCGUUUGUUUGCUAUAUGUCAUAUUUUGACAAUAAUAGAAAAAACUCUUAAACAAAUUAUAAAAAAAAAUUGGAGUUUUUUUUAGCUUAAAGAACAAGAAACUACAAAGGAUUAGAAAAAGAAACAAGAGUAGCAGAAGCUGUAGUAGUGAGAGAGUGAGCCCGCUCAGCUAGCUGCAGUAGAGCCCUUUCAACUUUAGUAAUGCUGCAAUAUUCUAAACCUUGCCCAAUUGAGUGAAUCUACUGGAUCGUCCAAUGUAGCCUGAUAUCAACUAGCCCUGCAUCCCUUAGCAUCUCCACCAGCAGGUACGAGUCCGAGAGAACCCUUAGUGAAGUUAUGUUCCUGUUAGCAGCCCAUUCCAGGCCUUUAAGACACGCAAUUGCCUCCGCUUGCAAAGCCGAGUCCGCAUACUCAAAAAAAAUUAUCGUAAAGGUAAACAGAAUCGAUUCAAAAGUAAAUUAAAAUUGUUUUCUAUUUCAUUAUCAUUAAUUGAAAUAAAUAAAAGUAUUGUUAAUAUCUUUGCUCUACUAUAAUUUUACAUGAUUUUCCUUUACAAUUUAGAAGUAGAUAAAUAACUCGUAAAAGUAAAUAAAGUUGGUUCAAAAGUAAAGAAUCAUCAAGAAAUAUAAAGUGUUCUAUGUUAUUCUAUGUUGUUGUGCUGCUGCGAUUCUUCUUUAAUGAGGCUUUUAUUGUUAGGUUAUAAUACAUAUGACAAAACAUAAAUCAUGCGGAAAACCUUAAUGCCAGGAAACAUAUUAUUUACACAUAAUUAUUUAGCAUAAUUUAGGAGCAUACACUUUGUAGCGUGCCCUCCCUAGCUGCGCCCGAACCGAACAAGAACAAGUCUUUAGGACUCCAAAUGUCGUCCCUCCGUAGAUAGUCCACAGUACGUCCGGAUCCGCCUCAAGUUAGACCAACUAGAAUCGCCCUUAAGGUUACUAGGAAUUUCGGCUAUUGUGUUUGCAAGUGUAUGGCUGAUUUUUCUUUCAAAAACUUACCCUUUGAAUACUUCAAUCGUGUCUAUAAAUUAUGACCCUAGGCACUUAUUUAUAGAGGUAUGGAAAAGGAAUUAUAAUCCUAUUAGGAUAUUAAUUAGUUUAAUUAGAAUCCUGCUAGGACUCUAUUAAAUAAUCAUUAUCUAAUAGUUUUAGGAUUUAAUCAUAUUUCGAAUCCCGAUUGCUUUAGGAUUCCCGCACGAGCAUUGCACGAGCACCGUACACCCGCGCAAGCCUUGCGGCCCACGCUAGGCGCGCAGCGCUCGGCCCAUUGCUGCUGUGCUCUCGCGCGCGCGCCCUUGGCCUUAGCUGGGCCUGGCCUUGCGCUGGGCCUGGUCAAGGCUUGGCGUGCGAUGGUGCGCGUGGCUCGCUGGGCGAUGGCCUGCCUUCGUGCUGGGCCUUCGUCUAGCGGGCCUCGUCCGAUGCUAAUUCGUACGAUACGCUUCCGAUUAAAUUCCCGAUUCCAGAAUUCAUUUCCGAUACGAACAAUAUUUAAUAUUUCCGAUUCCGGAAUUAAUUUCCGUUUCGAACAAAUAUUUAAUAUUUCCGUUUCCGGAAUUAUUUUCCGAUUCCGAUAAUAUUUCCGAUUCUGACAAUAUUUCCGUUUCCGGCAAUAUUUCGAUUCCGGCAAUAUUUCCAUUUCCGAUAAUAUUUUCCGAUACGUACCAUGUUUCCGUUUCCGGCAACAUCUACGACUUGGAUAAUAUUUAUUUUUCCGAUACGAUCCAUAUUUCCGUUUCCAGCAAUAUCAUCGUUUCCGGAGUAUUCACUUGCUUGUGACGAUCUCAGCUCCCACUGAAACCAAGAUCCGUCGAUUCCGAAUAUCCAUAGAUAGAGUAUUUAAUGCCAUUAAAUACUUGAUCCGUUUACGUACUAUUUGUGUGACCCUACGGGUUCAGUCAAGAGUAAGCUGUGGAUUAAUAUCAUUAAUUCUACUUGAACUGAAGCGGCCUCUAGCUAGGCAUUCAGCUUAAUUGAUCUCACUGAAUUAUUAACUUGUUAAUUAAUACUGAACCGCAUUUAUUAGACUUAACAUUUAAUGCAUACUUGGACCAAGGGCAUUAUUUCCUUCAUUUAUUUUUGCUGAUACUUUUUGUGUUUGUUCUAAGCCUGGGCUGCAGUCUGCAGAGGUGGAUGGUGAGGUUGUUUGCACUGCUCCGAAAUGUUCAACUUUGUUUUGCUGUUCAGUUGGUGCGGUUGUCUGUUCUGCUCAAUGUUGAUCUGCACAAUGUUGUUUUUUUAUUGGUGCUGCU